GCCGGCUCCUGAGGGCUGUCGGGAGGCCCUCAGAGGAGCGUCGCGGAGGUCGCGGUGUGGAGGUCGUGUUUGUGCUCACAAGGUGCAGGAGAGCUGUCUCUGCCUGGGAAGAGACACUUAGGGAUGGCGCCGGCUGAGAGGAAGCGCCUGGGGAGGGCUGCGAAGGCCCCGAUGGAGGCUCAGGGUAUGGCAGCCUGUGACUUCGGGAGACAAGAGAGAAGAGAGCCGCGUGGGCCAGAGGGUGUUCCGGAAGGAAACAACCGAGUCACUGAUAAUUAUGGGGGAAUAAAUCCUUCUCCAGGAACAUUGGAGGAAGACUUGCGGAAUGAAGUACGGGAGAUGCUGGAAGGAUUUCAAGAUGACAUUAAACGGGCUCUUCUUGCAAAGAGAAAAAUGUUUGAGAUGAAUAUGAAAGCUUCUAUCAGCACCACUAAUGCAAAAAUUGGGCAUGUUUGGAAAACACAACUAGAACAAAGGCAGAAUCUUCAUCUCCAGUAUUCUCGGCAGCUUCGGACUUUGUUUCGGGAGUGGGAUAUAGACGUGCAGAAAGCCCAGGAACAAGAAGAAAAACUAGCUAACAUGUUUCGAGAGCAACGAAAGAUUCUUCGACAAGCUAGAAUUGUUCAGUACCAGAGACUGAAAAAAAUGAAGAAUUUAUACGAGCAGUUCUUAAAGAGUAUGGAGGAGUUAGAGAAGGAUCAUGAACAUCUUCUUACUGAUGAGCAAAGCGAAGUUAGACAAGAAAUGGCCAAGCUGCAAAACAAAAUUAUGCUGGAAGCUCAACACCUAGACCUGGCAGUGGUUGAAACUUAUCUGCAAACCCUGUUACUCUGAGGACCUUGAAGAAAGAAGUGGAAGCUAAAUUACAUGACACAAAUGUAACAUCAGCCACACUGAAUCACAUUACAGUCAUUUAAACAUUGUAGCGCAAGUCAGUAUAGCCUGUUUAUCAUAGCCUGUUCGUGAAGUGCAAGACCCUCCUUUCUGUUUAAACUCAUAUGAAACAGAAACAGUUUGUGACUAUAAUCAGCAAUUCCCAAAUUAUAUGUAUCAAGCUUUCAGCCCUUUCUGUCAGUAAUGCUGACGUUCUGUACCUAACACUGUCAAAUGACUUUUAGCAAUAAAGAUGAUUUAAUUUUA